AUGAAGGGAAUAGAUGUUGAUACCGGUUACUCUACCAGAUCCAAAUACGACCUAGUGGUGAUUGUCAAGUCGGCAGUUUACAACUUCGAGAAUCGUCAAACAUUCCGCAGUCUCUACGCGCGAAUCAACGACUUCAAUGUACCCACUGCACACCCCUUGCGAAUAGGUAUCGUCUUUUCUGUUGGUCUACCGCGACGAUCCGGAAAUCAGACAUUCGAGCGUGACGGGUUUAACGUCAUCCUGCCCGAUCGAGCUGGAGAGGCUCUCACAGACAUUGAACAAACCCAUCCUCUCGUCCUCCAGCGUCUGAGGGGAGAGAGGUUGCAGUAUAACGAUCUCCUCAUAGGUGACUAUGAAGACACCUAUUAUAACCUUACGACCAAAAUGAUGGCUAACUUCCAAUGGGCUGCCAGGUUCUGCCGAACAGAACGACCCGGCUUCCUCUUCAUAGACGACGAUUACGGCUUCCAUCCGACAAAUCUACGUCGCUUUCUCACCCGUCUGGAAGCAGAUUGGCGAGAGCACAUGGUCAUUGGUUUGGAACGGACCGGAUCUCCGACUGUCCGUUUUGGCGAAGAUGCCAGAUUUGACAAAUGGGCGCUCUCCAAACGUGAGAUGCCCUGGCCCUAUCUGCCACCAUUCAGUGCUGGGGCUUUCUUCUUCCUGGGUUAUGAACAGGUGGAGAAGCUGGCUAUCGCAAUGCACUUUACUCGCAGUCUCCCUCUUGACGAUGUCUGGUUGGGUCUGGUCAUGACGAAGCUGGGUCUCCGUUUUCAGUAUCGAGUUGGCCUUCGGUUCACCCAGACAGCCAUUUCCAUUCGGAAGCGGGACAUUAUAAUGCCCAUGUCAGCUGUCUAUAAAAGACUAGCCAUUUAA